GUCAUUUAACAUCCUGCACCAACUAUUUAUAGUAUAUGCCAACAUGUUGGUUCCUUGUAUACUUCACUGUUUACAAGGCUAAUUCUUAAUCUCACUUCCUAGAAUUUUCAUCCCAUUAUAGCUUUUCAACAACUUUCAAUCCAAGAGAAUAAACACUUACACAAAGAACUAAAGCAUAUCUUCACUUUACACUUUUAAGGGUGUCUGAAAAACCAGUUUUUUCUUCUGCUUGAAAGUGGAAAUUGAGCAUAGAGGUGUGAAGUGAAUCAUGGCUCCCUCUAACUUCCCUCUUCGUUGGGAGAGUACAGGAGACAAGUGGUGGUAUGCAUCUCCUAUUGAUUAUGCUGCUGCAAAUGGUCUAUAUGAUCUUGUCACUGAGCUUCUUCACCUUGACACCAACCUCCUCAUCAAGCUCACUUCCCUUCGAAGAAUCCGCCGCCUUGAAACCGUGUGGGACGAUGAGGCUCAGUUUGAAGAUGUUGCCAAGAACCGCUCCAAGGUUGCAAGGAGUCUUCUGAGAGAGUGUGAGACAGUAAGAGGGGACAACAAGAACUCUCUCAUGCGUGCCGGCUAUGGCGGGUGGCUUCUCUACACUGCAGCCUCGGCCGGGGAUGUGGAAUUUGUUCAGGAGUUGUUAGGAAGGGACCAUUUGAUUGUGUUUGGUGAAGGAGAGUAUGGUGUGACUGACAUGCUUUAUGCUGCAGCCAGGAGCAAGAACUCUGAAGUUUUUGAGAUUCUGCUUGGUUCUGCCCUCUCAAGAAAAGAGUGCCUUAGCAGGCUUGGAGAAAAUUUUGAAGAGAAUUUAGAUGGAGGUGGUGGGGUUUUCAAGAGGGAGAUGGUGAACAGGGCAAUUCAUGCUGCUGCUAGAGGAGGGAAUUGGGAGAUGCUGAAGCAGCUUCUGGGAAGUGUUUCUGAGAUUUUAUCUUAUAGAGAUGCUCAAGGAUGUACAGUCUUGCAUGCAGCAGCUGGUAAAGGGCAAGUUGAGGUGGUGAGAAAUCUAAUUUUAUCCUAUGAUAUCAUCAACUCAACUGAUGCUCAAGGAAAUACAGCAUUACAUGUGGCUUCUUACAGGGGUUACUUACCUGUGUUAGAGAUUCUGAUCCAAGCAUCUCCCUCAUUAACAACAUUGACCAAUCACUAUGGGGAUACUUUUCUUCACAUGGCAGUGGCUGGUUUCAGAAGCCCUGGUUUCUGCAGAAUGGAAAAGCACACUGAGCUCAUGAAGAACCUGCUAAGUGAGAAAAUUGUGAACAUGAGGGACAUCAUCAAUGUCAGGAACAAUGAUGGAAGAACAGCUCUUCAUGUAGCUGUAAUUCAUGAUGUCCAAUGUGAUGUGGUGGAACUAUUGAUGUCUAUUGCGUCUGUUAAUCUGAACAUUCGCGAUGCUGAUGGGAUGACUCCCCUGGAUCAUCUGAAGCAAAGACCAAGAUCAGCAUCUUCUGAAAUUCUAAUCAAACAGUUGAUUUCAGCUGGAGGAAUCUCUGACUUUUCUCAAGAUCAUAUAGCAAGAAAUUUUCUUGUUAGUCGUCUGAAAAAUCACGGUUUCAGAGGUAGCCCUGGAACUUCAUUUAGAAUCUCAGAUGCUGAGAUAUUCUUAUACACAAGCAUUGAGAAUGAGAAUUCAUCUGAGGUUAAUUUUGAUCAUGCAAGUGUAGAAUCAAACUCAUGCUCAAGUGAACUAAACAAUUAUGACUCAGACAAUUCAUCGAACAUUUUCAAGUCAUGUUCUGCCAACACUGCUACAAGGCGCUUAACGAACCUUCUCCAAUGGCCAAGGAGAAGAGAAUCAAAACCAGCUACCUCAGUGUUAGAAGAUGAUGAUUCAGUGGAUUCUUUCAAUUCAAGGAAAAAAUUGGAAGACUUUCCAAUUCCAUUAAGGCAAAGAUACUCAAAACAGUGCUCUCUUCCAAACAACAAGAGAACACUAUCUAUAAAGACUUUACUUCCAAGUCCAUCAGCAAAAGAAUACUUCACUGCAGGGUUAAUGCAGGGUGUGAUUAAGGUAAAGCCACAUGGGCAUGUUUUUUCUCAUUCAAUUUCUAGUCCUUUUCAAGAGUUGUCUAUUUCUUCUCAUUCUCCAAACAAUAAGCAAAAAUGUGGUGCUACAAUGGGAACCUCUUGCUCCAAUCAACCAAUGAAAUACAAGCAGAGCCCCAUCAGUAAGAAAUUGAUGAACAGGUAUUUUUCUUUUGGAGCACAUGGCCAAGCUAAGGAGGAUGGAAGUAGUAGCUGCACAAUAACAGAUUCAAGUUAUAAGAGUUCUGGUUCUUUAGUUGCAUAAAUGUUAUAUAUGAUGAGCCAUUUUGUAAAAAAUAAUACAUUCUCACUCAAAGUUGUGAUGAUCAAAUGUUUGAAAAAGUUUUAGAAUAUGUAUAUAGUGGUGGUCAUUUCAUUUUACAUGACAGAAUCAUGUAAAAUUUUUUUUAGCUCAAAUGUAUUGAGGGACGAUAAGUGAUAAGUGUGACUAAUUCUCUUGCCGUGAGUGCUUAAGAGAGGUUUAUCAUUUCUUAUAUAAGGGUUAUCUUGGUUAUAUAUCUA